AUGGCUGGCACAGGACCCGUCAUGGGUAGUGGACUCCGCCGGGACGCCCAGUGUAUCCGCAGACGGGGUAGUGUCUGAUGCCGCAAAAACCUUGGAUGGGAACAUUCUUACCAUCUGGAACCCACAAGGUAUUGAAGGCGACUGGUACAUCGUACUGGACCUCACAAUGCCUUACACCCUGACCAGCAUCGCACUCAACAACUACGGAGACACAACCCAUGACGUUAGAGCGUUCAAGCUGCAAAAGUCGCACAUUCCUGAUGGGAGCCUGAGGAACUGGCAGGACGUCGUGACCGUUACUGACGUUGAGGGCGGGAACCUUUUUCACCAUCGGCAGGAGUUCGGCGGGUUUGAGGAAACAUCGCGGUACUGGAGGUUCGUGAUCACCCGGACUUACUCUGGCUAUCAGCCAUGGCUCAGAGAACUGAACCUCUACGCAAUGUCUGACGAUGUCGACGAAUGUGCAGAUGGCACAGACAACUGCCACGCCCAGGCUACCUGUACCAACACAGAUGGCUCCUUCAGCUGUGUAUGUGGCAGUGGGUAUAGAGGAGAUGGAGUGACCUGUACUGAUGUCAACGAAUGUUUGUAUGGCACAGACAACUGCCACGCCCAGGCUACCUGUACCAACACGGAAGGCUCCUUCAGCUGUGUAUGUGGCAGUGGGUAUAGCGGAGAUGGAAUGGCCUGUACUGAUGUCGACGAAUGUGCAGAUGGCACAGACAAUUGCCACGCCCAGGCUACCUGUACCAACACGGAAGGCUCCUUCAGCUGUGUAUGUGGCAGUGGGUAUAGCGGAGAUGGAGUGGCCUGUACUGAUGUCGACGAAUGUGCAGAUGGCACAGACAAUUGCCACGCCGAGGCUACCUGUACCAACACGGAAGGCUCCUUCAGCUGUGUAUGUGGCAGUGGGUAUAGCGGAGAUGGAGUGGCCUGUACUGGUUGUGUAAUAUCAGACUACGUUCCUUUGAACGGAGUUUGCUACAAGAGCUUCACAGAGCUGAAGACACGUGCCGAGGCCAGACUGAGGUGUGCGGCAGACGGGGGGAUGUUAGCCAUGCCGAAGGACAGUGCCACCAAUACUUUUCUCGCUAAUCUAGCAGAAGUAGUAUGGGGUCGCUGGUUAGGACUGACUGACACAAACGGCGAUCGGCAGUGGGAAUUUGAGGACGGCCAACUCCUGACGUCAGCUGACUACUCCAACUGGCGCCCCGGUGAACCGACACCAGACGAGGGUCAGGGCGGCUGUGUCGGAUUUUGGGAGGGUGAAUCCUCAUGGGAUGAAAAAGACUGCAGCUUUGUCAGGGGAUUCAUAUGUCAGAUAAAUGAAGUUCCUGUCCGUCUGGUCGGUGGCAACUCGGCAAAUGAAGGCAGAGUGGAGGUCUUACACAACGGUGAAUGGGGGACUGUCUGCGAUGAUAAUUGGGGUAUGAACGACGCGCAUGUGGUGUGUCGGAUGCUCGGCUACGCGACAGCUGAAGAAGCACCGUGCUGUGCCCGGUUCGGUGAAGGCUCGGGGCAGAUCUGGCUCGACGAAGUGCGUUGUUACGGUACCGAGGCAGCUCUGUCAGACUGUAGUCAUAGGGGAUGGGGCGUUGAAGACUGUCGCCAUACUGAAGAUGCCGGCGUGGUCUGCAUUAACGAAGUCGACGAAUGUGCAGAUGGCACAGACAACUGCCACGCCCAGGCUACCUGUACCAACACGGAAGGCUCCUUCAGCUGUGUAUGUGGCAGUGGGUAUAGCGGAGAUGGAAUGGCCUGUACUGAUGUCGACGAAUGUGCAGAUGGCACAGACAACUGCCACGCCCAGGCUAUCUGUACCAACACGGAAGGCUCCUUCAGCUGUGUAUGUGGCAGUGGGUAUAGCGGAGAUGGAGUGGCCUGUACUGAAACGUGUGGACUAUCAGCAUUUCGCCACUACCCCCAGACUGAUUGUCGAGGUUACGACAUAUCCAAUCCCUCUGGUCUUACCCUCCAGGGCUGUGCGGCAGCGUGUUGUGCCGACUCGACAUGCCUGUCGUUUCAGUACAACGAUGACAAUCAAUGCUGGUUGAAAAACGGGCUCUGCUUAGAGAAAGAGUCUUUAUCGGCUCGCAACAUGUACGAUCGGAUUGAUGUACCAGCUCUGUCUGACUUGGUCUUCACGGAUGUCGGGACGGACUACGUGACCCUGUCCUGGAGGGCACCUCCUGACCUGAAUAUAGCCCGGUACCGGCUGCGCUAUCAUCACGCCGGGGCCUCGCACCAGGACCUGUCUCCCCCGCCCUCCCCGGGCAACACCGCGGCCACCGUGCCCGGACUGUGGGCAGACACAGAGUACACCUUCACCCUGACUGCGUUUGGAGAUGACGACCAGGAAGUUGGAGAGAUCAGUGGGACAGAGACAACAGCCGAGGUUGUCGUGACCGUGGAGUGCAAUGAUGACCACAUGACUGUGACCUUCCCUAGAGCGGCGCUACCAACGGUAGAUGUGGACAACAUGCACCUGCUGGACGACAGCUGCCGUGCCACAGUUACCCAGACGGAGGUGACUCUCCGGGCCGGUCUGCAAGACUGCGGGACCAUUCGGGAUUCGUCAGAAGAUGAUAAAUUUAUCUUCACCAAUGAGGCCAUCGCCAAUCAGCUGACGUCUGACAACGGAGCCGUGAGAGGGGCGCCCUUCAGCAAGAGUUUCCGGUGUGAGUUCCUCCGCCAAUUCGUGUUCUCACAAGGAAGAGAGGUCCUCUUCAACAUCCCGUCUCCUCGUGUGCAAGUUGUGGACGCGGAAAACAGUUUCACGUUUGAGAUGCACAUGUUCACAUCGCCAGACUUCACUGCGACAUACAACUCAGACGACUUCCCUUUGCAGGUGACCUCAUCUGACCGUCUGCAUUUCGGCUUGAGCGUGACCUCACCUCUGAACGACCUGGAGCUGUUUGCUCUCCGCUGCCUCGCCACGCCCAGUACCAACCCUGACGACUCUCCCAGCAUCAGCAUCAUCAAUGACGGGUGUAACGUCGACCCCACGCUUCAGCGAGACUCGGAACGGUCUAACGACAUGGCCUUAUACUACUCCAUCCAGUCCUUCGCAUUUCCCAACAUUGACGAUCCCAGUCUGGUGUACUUCCAUUGCACCAUGGUCCUGUGCUUCAAGAACAACCCGGCCUCGCGGUGCAGUCAGGGCUGCCUCCCGCCCAGCCGGCGCAGGCGCGCCAUGUCCGACCUGAGCGAGCCCCGAGCCCGACGUGCCAGCGAAAGGGACCACAUAACGACCAUCAGCCAGGGACCCUUCAAAGUUGGGAAUGCACAAGAACAAGCCUCCCUCCCCACUGUCGGCAUCGCUGUGGGCACAGCUGCAGGAAUAGCCGGAGUCCUGCUGGUGGUUGCUACUGCCUUCCUGGUGAGGAAGAGACGCGGACGUGACGCCAAGGAGGCCGAGGAUCGUAUCGGUGUUAACAACUAUUCGUUUGAGCUCUGGGGAAAGGACAAGGCUACCAACGCCACCCCCAAACCCGAGUAGUCGUUUCUGGAGUGAGGCACGAAAUCUCAGCAUGAGCGAUGGACUUAAGAGCAAAUCUCUCACUUUCUCAAUAUAAUCUUUCUUAACCUCAGUAUCUCUCCCAUUCUCAAUCUCUCCUCUUUCUUAAUCCAUCAAUCUCUCCCUUUCUCAAUCUUUCCCUUUUCCAUAUCUCUCCCUUUUUCAAUCUCUCCCUUUCUCAAUAUCUCCCUUCCUCGAUGUCUCUCCCUUUCUCAAUCUUUCCCUUUCUCAAUAUCUCUCCUUUCUCAACAUCUGUCCUCUUUGUCAACAUCUAACUUUGUAGUUCAGUGCAGUCAACUCUCAUCUCCCCUUUUCUCAAUCUUUCCCCCUUUCUAACCUUUCUCCAUCCCUUUCUUAGUCUUUUAACCACCCUCCUUCUUUCUCAAUAUUUCUCCAUAUCACAUACCCACUUUCUAAAUCUCCCUCUUGUUCUCAAUAACUCCAGCAUACAUACACAUGCGUGCACACACACACACAUAAACACACAUACACACACACACACACUCUCUCUCUCUCUUUUCCUCUCUCUCUCUCUCUCUCUCUCUUCAUCUUUAUCAUUCCUCCUUUGCAAUCUUCUGCAGCUAUUCUUCAUUUCCUCGCAUAGAAAACCAUAUUAUAAGUUAGAUAGGAAAGCUGACAACAGUUUGAAGCCUAGGGCAAUUUCGAAGGGAAAAUCAAUAAUUAUAAAACCUAGCGAAAUUUGUUCACAUUAACACUAAAUUGACAAAAGUCAAAGAGCAUAUAGCAUAAAAGGUAAUGUCAUACAUCGGGCAAAUUUCAGAUUUUUCAAAGGACAAAACACAUAAAAGUCUGUUUGUAAGUCAUUGUGUGUCGACAAUUAAAUUAAAACCUAGCAGAAUUUGUUCAAAUUUAAAAAAUUGUCAAAAAUCCCAGAGCAUAUAAGCACAAAUUUAUUGUCAUACAUCGGGCAAAUUUCAGAUUUGAACCGAACAUAUAAAAGUCCGUUUGUCUGGACUAUCAAAUUUAUUUCAAUGCUGGAUGCAAACACGUUAACAUAGACACAUUUGGUUAGAAUGUGGAAAACUGUUGUCAGCUGAACAAAAAAACAGGUGAAAGUAGCUUUACGGUACCAUUGCUGCAUCCACGGUGUGACAGUCAUGAGAGACAAAACAUCAGGGUUCUGUGGAGAAUGUUUUGAAAGGAUUAUACAGUAAUUGUGUUUGACAUGGUGGCCACCAUAUCUGCAUUUACAACCUUCAGAGUCAGAGGCAAUUACGGAGAUGAGAUUGGAGACGAUGAGAUGAGGCAGUAAGGCUGGCUGUGAAACAUUGUGGGAUAAUGGUGUAUAACGAAAUACUAUGAGUGCAAAUUGCUAGCAAGCCUAUGUAAUGUAGUAAUAACUGUGUUUUAACAUUAGCUUUGUCAUCUUCAGACUUAAACCAUCAAAUUUUAUUCUGUUCGAAGGCUCUAAAUGUAGGUAUCUAGAGUAUUAUCUUAUUUCUGUACUAGAUAUAACUUUCAUCUUCCAGUAAGCUUUUUGAUUAGACGUUGCUGAUACUGAGGUUAUAAGGUCCGUGUUAGUUUAAAAGACACCAGGGUGUUAGAAAGAUGAUGUGUAUUAGCAUUCUAUUAGCUUUUCUGUAGAGUGAUGAUCAGUUAUCUUACUUGUAACCAACAACUGUAGUAUUUCUGAGGCAAAAAUAAUCUAGCCUCUUUUAUAGAGGUGCUGCAGAAUUUUGUGUUAUUGUGUUAUUAUGUAGAGGUGCUGCGGAAUUUUGUGCUAUUGUGUUAUUUUGUAGAGGUGCUGCGGAAUUUUGUGCUAUUGUGUUAUUAUGUAGAGGUGCUGCGGAUUUUUUUGUCAGUAAUAAUUGUGAGAUUAACACAGAUAUCUCUAUAGGAAGAUAGAGAAAGGAUGCCAUCAUGUACUAAACCUGAAAAGUGAUAUCUUGCAUAACCCACAACUAGAACUGAUCGCUUAGCUACGUUUAUUGAUAUAUGUGCAUUUGUUUUGAUGCUUUUUAAGAUGUGCAGUUUUGGUACCACA